AUGGUGUGGCUUGCUGUGGAUUCUUUUAAGUGUGUCCUGUUUGGGUUUUAUCAGACUUUUGAAUCCACAGGAAAUCCACUUACCCAGGAUAUAUUGAACCUCUAUCUGGAACCAGAUGGAACAAGAAGGCUACUGAACUAUUUGCUUGAUAAUUUGGCAGGUACUGCAAAAAGAAUUUCAACAGAACAGCCACCUCCAAGAUCUUGGAUUAUGUUGCAAGAACCAGACAGAACAAGGCCAACUGCCUUGUUUUCUGUCAUGUGCUAUAAUGUUCUUUGUGAUAAAUAUGCGACCCGGCAGUUAUACGGCUACUGUCCGUCUUGGGCACUAAAUUGGGACUACAGGAAAAAGGCCAUUAUUCAAGAAAUUUUGAGCUGCAAUGCUGAUAUCAUAAGUCUUCAGGAGGUUGAAACAGAACAGUAUUACAGUUUUUUUCUGGUAGAACUGAAAGAACGUGGCUAUAAUGGAUUCUUUAGUCCUAAGUCUAGAGCUCGGACAAUGUCAGAACAAGAGAGAAAACAUGUCGAUGGCUGUGCAAUAUUCUUCAAGACAGAAAAAUUUACUUUGGUUCAGAAACACACUGUUGAAUUUAAUCAGCUAGCAAUGGCAAAUUCAGAAGGGUCUGAAGCUAUGCUGAACAGAGUCAUGACAAAAGAUAACAUUGGAGUUGCAGUACUGCUAGAACUUCGAAAGGAAUUGAUUGAAAUGUCAUCUGGAAAGCCACAUCUUGGAACAGAAAAACAACUUAUUCUUGUGGCUAAUGCUCAUAUGCAUUGGGACCCUGAAUACUCUGAUGUGAAGUUGGUUCAAACUAUGAUGUUCCUCUCAGAAGUGAAGAACAUUAUUGAUAAAGCCUCACGAAACCUCCAGUCCAGUGUAGUGGGAGAAUUUGGAACUAUUCCACUGGUGUUAUGUGCAGAUCUUAAUUCUUUGCCGGAUUCUGGUGUUGUAGAGUAUUUAAGCACCGGUGGAGUAGAAACAAAUCAUAAAGACUUUAAGGAACUGAGAUAUAAUGAAAGUCUUACAAACUUCAGCUGUAAUGGGAAAAACGGGACAACCAAUGGAAGGAUCACGCAUGGUUUCAAGUUAAAGAGUGCCUAUGAGAGUGGCCUGAUGCCUUACACAAAUUACACGUUCGAUUUCAAGGGUAUCAUUGACUACAUCUUCUAUUCAAAACCUCAGCUGAACACUUUAGGCAUCCUGGGACCUCUGGACCACCAUUGGCUAGUUGAGAAUAAUAUCAGUGGCUGCCCACACCCACUCAUCCCCUCCGACCACUUCUCACUUUUUGCACAACUGGAGCUCUUACUGCCUUUCCUGCCCCACGUUAACGGCAUUCACCUUCCUGGCAGGAGGUAG